AGAGGCUGAUCGCUCGCUUUCUGAGCGCAGUCGAAGUUGACAGUGGGGCUCGACCGCGCAGUGAAGCAGAGUUGGGAAUAUCUCCUCAGGUUCUUCACGGCGAGAAGCUCACGGAGCGCGUCAGUGGAGAAGACAGCAGGAGAGCACAGAGCACUGCCCGUGGAUAAGCCGUGUACCCACACUGAGGCGUCUGAAGACUCCGCCUAGAUCUCUAAGGUACCUGGACACAGUCCUUUUAGCGGAGCAGCCAUGCCAUUUGGCUGUUUGACCUUCGGGGAGAAGAAGGAUUACAACAGUCCUUCUGAGGUCACUGAUAAAUAUGAUCUGGGACAAGUGGUCAAAUCGGAGGAGUUUUGUGAGAUCUUUCGGGCGAAAGACAGAAGCACACAGAAAAUGUACACCUGCAAGAAGUUCCUGAAGAAAGACGGGAGGAAAGUGCGCAAGGCGGCCAAGAACGAGAUUCUCAUCUUGAAUAUGGUGAAGCAUCAUAACAUCCUCCAGCUGGUCGAUGUCUUUGAGACAAGAAAAGAGUACUUCCUCUUCCUGGAACUAGCCACAGGCAGGGAAGUGUUUGACUGGAUCUUGGACCAGGGCUACUAUUCAGAGCGUGACACUAGCAAUGUGAUCAGACAAGUGCUGGAGGCUGUGGCUUACCUCCACUCUCUCCGCAUCGUGCACAGAAACCUGAAGUUGGAAAACCUUGUUUACUACAAUCGCCUGAAGCACUCUAAAAUCGUCAUCAGCGAUUUUCAUCUGGCCAGACUGGAGAAUGGUCUCAUUAAAGAGCCCUGUGGCACUCCAGAGUACCUUGCUCCAGAGGUAGUUGGCAGACAGAGAUAUGGCAGACCGGUGGACUGCUGGGCCAUUGGAGUGGUCAUGUAUAUCCUACUGUCAGGAAACCCUCCUUUUUAUGAUGACGCAGAUGACGAUGAUUAUGACAGCCAUGACAAGAAUCUGUUCCGGAAAAUUCUAUCUGGAGACUAUGAGUUUGACUCACCCUACUGGGAUGACAUCUCAGAUUCCGCUAAAAGCCUUGUUGCAUCUUUAAUGGAAGUAGAUCAGCAUCAAAGACUGACUGCACAGGAGGCUAUCAACCACGAGUGGAUAUCUGGGAACGCUGCUUCAGACAAGAACAUCAAGGAUGGCGUAUGUGCUCAGAUUGAAAAGAACUUUGCUAAAGCUAAAUGGAAGAAAGCAGUGCGGGUGACCACCCUAAUGAAGAGGCUCCGAGCUCCAGACCAGAGUGACUCUGGGGCGUCCAGUCCAGCUUUAGGAACCUCGGCAGGGCCGGUCACUCCGAGCAGCACACCCGUUCCCUUGGCCGCCACCCCCGAGCCCCCCCACAGCACCCUUGAGGUAAAGGUGGAGGAGGCCGCAGCUCCAGCUCGGUGUAAUGGAGAGGUGCCGCAGCUUAGCGUGGAGACCAGAGAGGAGCAGAACGGCUAACGAGGGAAACACACAAAGACAAACAUGCUCACUGUACAUAGGAAGACACACUGAAAGCUAACGGUCACAUAAAGCUACAUUGUCGCAUUGCCACUCAUUCCAUUUGCGCAAUCCCUUCCCUUGUUGUUUGUCUCCAUUGUAAGUUUUCAAGUUGUUUACUUAGAAAAUGAGUUGAGUAAACGUAUAUAAAGUCUGAAAAGGCAUUAUAUUUAAAAAGGAAAGAUUCUGA